CCGCAAAGAGCUUCGCUUUCCGCCAUUGUUACCCCAGCUCAUCUCCAGCUUCGAUCUCCGCGCCGGUCCGCCAUUUUUUUCCACUCUCCUCCUUCGCGGAAGCUCUCAAGUCCAUGAUUGAUAGCUAAAGUUGUCACCUUUAAGGACUAGAGCGGAGAGAUCGGGAGAGGAGUGGAGAACCACUGAGAUUUUGAGAUACUUGUGAAGAUGAGCAUGUAUGGCAGGGAUCCGUGGGGAGGUUCGCUGGAGAUCUCUCAUGCCGACUCGGCGACGGAUGAUGAGCGUAGCCGGACGCUGCAAGACCUUGACCGAGCGGCACUGUCGACGACGUCGCGCCAGCUCGAUGAGACGCAGCAGAGUUGGCUGCUCGCUGGACCUGGCGAUCAGGGUAAGAAGAAGAAGAAGUAUGUUGAUCUUGGGUGCUUGAUUGUUAGCCGGAAGCUCUUUUUGUGGAUCGUUGGUGCGCUGCUUGCCUCGGCGGUGCUCGCCGGGUUUGUGACUUUGAUUGUGAAGACGGUGCCGCGGCAUCACGGGCCGAAGCCUCCUGUGGAUAACUAUACGCUUGCUUUGCGGAAAGCUCUAAUGUUCUUCAAUGCUCAGCGAUCUGGGCCGCUCCCAAAGCACAACAAUGUAUCAUGGAGGGGGAAUUCUGGCAUGAAAGAUGGCCUCUCAGACUCUGCUGUUCAUAGAAACCUUGUGGGCGGUUUCUAUGAUGCCGGAGACGCGAUCAAGUUCAACUUUCCUUCUUCCUUUGCCAUGACAAUGUUAAGCUGGAGUGUGAUUGAGUACAGUGCCAAAUAUGAAGCUGCUGGUGAGCUUGGUCAUGUCAAGGAGAUUAUCAAAUGGGGCACUGACUACAUCCUCAAGACAUUCAAUUCAUCGGCAGAUACCAUUGAUCGCAUUGCUGCUCAGGUUGGUCAAGGGGAUACCUCUGGCGGGCCGACACCUAAUGAUCAUUACUGCUGGAUGAGGCCUGAGGAUAUUGACUACCCGCGCCCUGUUUAUGAGUGUCACAGUUGCUCGGACCUUGCUGCUGAGAUGGCGGCUGCACUGGCUUCAGCUUCUCUUGUUUUCAAGGACAGUAAGACAUACUCUCAGAAGCUGGUCCACGGCGCCACAACAUUGUUCAAGUUUGCGAGAGAUCAGAGAGGGAGAUACAGUGCUGGUGGCACUGAUGCUUCAAAGUUUUAUAAUUCAACUAGUUAUUGGGAUGAAUUUGUUUGGGGUGGGGCAUGGAUGUAUCUUGCAACUGGGAAUACCUCUUACCUUCAAUUGGCUACUCAUCCAAAGCUUGCACAACAUGCCGGUGCCUUCUGGGGCGGCCCUGAUUAUGGGGUCUUCAGCUGGGACAACAAGCUUACUGGUGCUCAAGUUCUUCUUAGCAGACUCAGGCUGUUUUUGAGCCCAGGAUAUCCGUAUGAAGAGAUGUUGAGAACUUUCCACAAUCAAACCGGCAUCAUAAUGUGCUCAUACUUACCAAUUUUCACCUCCUUCAACCGGACCAAAGGCGGUUUGAUACAAUUGAACCAUGGGAGACCUCAACCACUUCAGUAUGUAGUGAAUGCAGCUUUUCUCGCAUCAGUGUUCAGUGACUAUCUUGAAGCUGCUGCCACACCCGGGUGGUAUUGUGGACCUAAUUUCUACUCGGUUGAUGUCUUGCGAAAUUUUGCGAAAACUCAGAUUGAUUAUAUUCUUGGUAAUAAUCCUCGAAAGAUGAGUUAUCUUGUUGGCUUUGGCAAUCACUAUCCGAAGCAUGUUCAUCACCGGGCCGCAUCAAUUCCAAAGAACCGGGUGAAAUACAACUGCAAGGGAGGUUGGAAAUGGAGGGAUAGCCAUAAACCGAAUCCUCACACCAUCGUAGGAGCCAUGGUUGCUGGUCCUGACAGACAUGAUGGCUUCCGAGAUGUUCGCACAAACUACAAUUACACUGAGCCAACGCUUGCAGGUAAUGCUGGUCUCGUCGCAGCACUUGUGGCCUUAUCUGGUGAAAGCAAUGGAGUUGAUAAAAACACCAUGUUCUCUGCUGUUCCACCAAUGUUUCCAACUCCUCCGCCUCCACCAGCACCAUGGAAGCCGUAAGACACGAAAUCGAUCAAAAAUUGUGCAGAGAACUAACUAUAAUCAAUCCAUGGUUUCCAUUCCUUCAGCAUUUUCAUUGUAUCAUGCUUUUUGACUAAUUUCUAGUUUAUGGUAAAUAAGUAAAAUUUGAUUUCUUGUUACCAAAUCCUGUGACUUUUGUUGAUCAGUAUCAAACAAUUGUUGGCUGGAAGAUAUGUGACUACUUUUUCUUCAGAUACAAUGCAAACUGACAGAAAAAGUCUCACAUCA